AUUCGGAGUAUAUCAAGAUGACUGUGAAGGGAUACAUCCCGACGUAAUUGAAGAGUAUUACGGCGUCUAUGGCCGUGUUGCAAACUCGACGCCAACACCAGACUGGAGCAGGUCAUCCCAUGGACGAAGAAGACAGUGAUGAUGGUGAGGAACCUCAAGAUAUAGCACAAGCGGUCAAUAAUCAGCAAAGGGAUCAUGUCCACCAUGAAGCCAUUGGUGUUCCGUCGCAAAGGAACCCUUUCGUCAAUGAAGGAACAUACCGGCAAUUUUCUGCCACUCUCACCGAAGUCGUAGCCGAAGACAUAACACCACGCCAUUGCAGGCUGGCCGCAGAUGAGUGGGAAGGUAAUGGAUACCCCGUUUUUGAGACCAUUUCCGUUGGUCGCCGGGGAUCCAAAGAGCUUCAUGUGUCGCUUGGAGAAUUGAUAUGGUUUAGUCGAGCAAAGUGGUUUAAUACGUGAAUGAGAGCAUUGCAUAGCCCAAUUCAGGUCAUUUUCGCUUCCUCUUGAAGUCACGUUCACUCUGCACCCUUCCACUUGCG